UCUCAUCGUCCAGAGCCCAUAUAUUAAUAUUUCCCUCAAAAAAACCAUAAGUGAGUUCCUUCAGCCCGGUUCCUCGACGCAGAGGCAUCUUCCACGCUCUUUACUUCCCUUCCUCUCGUUCUGCUUCUCAAUGUCUCUCCUCGUCCUGCUCAUAACUUUUGUGUUUCUCAUGCUUGCUUCCCCAUCCCUGGCCGCAACUGCCGACCAGUGGAGGUCUCGUUCUAUUUACCAAGUUAUCAUCGACAGGUAUGCGCUACCCCAGGGUGCCGACCCCACGAAAUGUGACCCUGCAGACCGGACAUGGUGUGGCGGUACUUGGAACACCCUUCAAGAAAAUCUUGAUUACAUUCAAGAUGCUGGCUUUACAGCAGUUUGGAUUAGCCCGGUUUCGCAGAAUUACCAAGGUCCCACCACGCCCUACGGUGACCCAUACCACGGUUAUUGGAUCGCCGAUGCUACACAACUCAAUGACCAUUUUGGUACUUCUGAUGAUCUCAAGGCGCUUUCCGACGAAUUGCAUCGUCGUGGGAUGUACCUGAUGGUUGAUGUGGUUGUGAACGAUGUCAUGGCAACGUCGACCAAUCCAGAUUUAUCCACUUACAUGUUCAAAGAUUCGUCACAAUAUCAUCCGUACUGUGUGAUAGAUUGGAAUAACAAUACAAGCAUCGAAAGAUGUUGGCUUGGGGAUACUGUCGUUCCUUUGCCAGAUAUCAAUACCGAGGAUCCUACCGUCGUCUCCGGAUUUGGCGACUGGAUCGAGUCCCUUGUAAAGGAAUACAAUAUUGAUGGGCUUCGCAUCGACGCUGCAAAGCACGUAAACAUGGACUUCUGGCCAGUAUUCUGCGAAAGGGCCGGCGUCUUCUGUAUCGGUGAAGUCUUUGGUUCUGACCCCGUGGCUGCUGCGUCGUUUCAAGGUCCUAACGGUCUUGACUCUGUUUUGCACUAUCCAAUGUACUAUUCUCUUGUUGAUGCUUUCACUAUACCGGGCCCGUUGAACACUACUGCUGUGAGCGACAUGAUGGCGCAGUCCAAAGCGUUGUUCAACGACACUGGCCUACUCGGGAAUUUCCUCGAAAAUCAGGAUGUUCCCCGCUGGCACAAUAUAUCUGUGGACCCGCAAAGUCUCUAUAACGCCAUGGUGUUCAAUUUCAUGUCUGACGGUAUCCCGAUUGUGUAUUAUGGCCAAGAACAGUACUCGAACGGAAACGCCGAUCCCUAUAAUCGUGCGCCUUUGUGGCCGUCCGACUAUGCUAAUACUACCGCGUAUCAAUUAAUCACAACUCUGAACAAAUUCCGUAACUUCCUAGCCCAGAACUCUACAUGGCUGUAUUCGUCGGCAAAUGUCCUUGCUACGACCGAGUAUGGUAUUGCGAUCAUGAAGGGGGACGUGAUAUCAGUCUUGACAAAUAUUGGUUCUCCACCGCAGAACGUCAGCGUACCGGUUUACACACCUUUUCAGACUGACACCGACUUGGUCAAUAUUCUUACUUGUGUCCAUUGGGUAGUAGGCAGCAACGGUACCAUAGAAGUCGAGUAUACCCUUGGUGGGCAACCCGUCGUCCUCGUACCAUCGUCAGAACUCCCAGGUUCCGGCUUCUGCGGGUUUUCGUCCUCAUCGUCCGGCUCAUCCAAAUAUGUUUCAAGUGCCGGGAGCGUGCACGCGCACAACAGCAGAUUUACAUAUUCGUUGGCUAUAGGUUUGAUUGGCUUGGUUGGUGUGUUCCUCUGGUGACCGUGCUCUCUUUCGACUGGUUCUAUCUCUUUGGGGUAUGUACUUUGUUUUUUUUUGGUCGACGUUCUGGUUUUGGGUUUCCCUUGAUGUAGCGACUUUUGGGUGGGAAGGAGAAAUGGUUGAUUCUGUCAUGAUACCAUACCCCUCCCUCACGACUGGAACGGCACUUCCUGGACUGUUUUAUCAGCCCAGCGCGACAUUCUAUUAAAUUGACUUAAUGAAUCCUGAUCGGUGGUACACCGGGGAUUGCUGGCACGAAUAGCGUCUGCCUCCGGUAUUUGUUCCUCAAGGUGCUAGAAAGUUGAAAAAUCAGCGGACAGAUAAGAGGGAGAUGUUCCAAUAAAAGCACCUACUUGGAUACGCCGCGUUGCUCCAGGAUGUGUUCGUAGGAAUUCUAAGCU